ACACAAGCCAGUGGUCAGAUGCAACGUCCUGCUCAUAACUGUGCCCAUUUUUGCCGAAAGUGGAGUGAAACUCAGGAGCUGAAAAACAGGGUCACAGUGAGAAAAUGGGGAAUUCUCUACUGAGAGAACUCAAUUGCCUGAGAAACAAUCAAAAGAAGCACAAGAAAGUAAACCAACAUGUGGAAAGAAAAUGGCAGGAAAUGGCUACAUUUGAGAGAGAAAAUCCAGUUCAAGAUAAGAAAAGCAAAGAAGUUUUAUCUGCCUCAAAUCAGGAACAUGAGAAUGGCAGUGGUUCUGAAGAAGUGUGCUACACUGUCAUUAGUCACAAUUCCUAUCGGAGGCCCUCCCUGAGCUCCAACGAUGAUGGUUAUGAGAAUAUCGACUCCACCACAAAGACAGUGAAGCCAUUUAGAAAUGGGCCCGAAACAGAAUAUGCCCUUCUCAGGAUGACUUGUGCUACUAGGCCUUCUUCCUGUACCGCUGACCAUGAUUAUGAACUUGUGCUUCCCCACUAGAAAUCUCAUGCUUCCACUAAAAAAGAUGAUACAAACUAGUAGCCUCCAAAGGAGUGUUUCUGCAUCUCUGAAACAUGACAUCUUUGUGGUUUGGGUUAAGCCAUAUAAAUUGACAUAAGGUUAUAGAGUAUUCUACAUUUCUUUGUAAGGUUUGAGGACAUGGAAAUGGUGGAAUCUUCCUAGGGCAUUGAACAUCCAUCAAUAUAUGACCUAACAUCCAAUUCCAACACUGCUCUACAAAUUUCAAAUGACAAAAUUUCCACUCAUAAUCUAUUUCAUUUUUGAGGAAUAAUCUACUCAAUAAACUUUUAAAAUAUAAGAUCAAUGACCAGACCAUUUGUUAACCUGAUUUUUACUUAAAUUUUGACUUUUUUGACAUAUUGGAAGUUUUUGCUUGUUAACUUGAGGUCACAGUUCAAAAAUCCAUAGGUUUUGAUAUUGACCUUUCUGAGAGGAGAAGCUGGGAGUCAUUAUAAAAGAAUAAAUGUAUCAAAUUUA